GCCAAUGGGAAGCGGCGUUGUUGGCGGGCGAGGCAAAAUGGCGGCGCUGAGCGGGGUGUGGGAGCGGGUCAGGGGCCGCAGCUUUUCCCUGCUGCGAGGUUUUCCCUUCCCGCUGCUCCCAAACGCUCUGGAGCCUCUCCCCAGGACUUCCAGCCGCGUCCCGGUUCCGGCGUGGAGUUUCCAACAAAUCCGUGGAAAAUCCCGAGGGAACGAGUACCAGCCCAACAACUGGAAGCGGAAGAAGACUCACGGCUGGAUCAAACGGAUCAGAACUCCCGGCGGGAUCGCCGUGAUCCUGCGCCGAAUGCUCAAGGGCAGGAAAUCCCUGAGCCACUGAGGGACCCUCUGCAAUUCGCCGGGAAUUCUCCGGGAAUUUUCCAGGAUUUCGGGAUGAUCCCGCCGAGCCAUGGAGGUGGUGGCCAGCCCUGCUGUCCCUGUCACCUGCGUGGCCUCGGAGCGGUUUGGGACGCGAUUGCUGCUGCAGUUGUUAAAUGAUCCUCGUGGUUUUUUUUUUUUUUUCCCGCGUGUUUAUUACAUUUUUUUUUGGUUGUUGUUGUGUUUAUAAACGUGGGAAUGUGGAGUGUGGUUCAA